UGGUCACUCGAGUGAGCGAGUCUUGCUGCGUUUCAGAUGCCGAGUGCGACAUUCUACGCCGAAAACGUACCAUUCGAUCAAAUCGAAAAGCUCGCCAUUAGCGGAGGUUACUCCGCGAUCUAUGCAACUACAAAGCCCAGCGUUGAUAUUGUCGGAGACUGGCAGAACCGUUAUUGCUCACUAGCUGACACCUUCCAACCCAUCUUGGAUCGUGUACAUAAUUUCGAGGUGCGUGAAGAUGAUGUUUGGAUUGUAACAAGCACCAAAUGUGGUACAACAUGGGCACAGGAAAUGACAUGGCUGAUUUUGAAUAAUUUCGAUUUUGAAAAAGCAAAAAUGGACGAUCUCACCAUACGUUCGCCAUUUUUGGAAUUCAAUGGUGUUGUACCGAAUGUUCCACAUGACACAAUAGAAGCCGCUAAUAAAUUGUCAUCACCGCGUUUAAUAAAAUCUCACCUGCCCGCUUGGCUGCUGCCGAAACAAGUGUGGACAAAGAAGCCGAAGAUCAUCUAUGUGUUCCGUAAUCCGAAAGACGCGGCUAUCUCAUAUUUUCAUCAUUGGCGCGGCAUGGUCGGUUAUAAGGGCACGAAAGAGGACUUCAUGCAUUCUUACAUUGAUGGCCAUGUCAACUUCAAUCCGUUUUGGCCACAUGUGCUCGACUUCUGGCAAUUGCGCGAUGAACCACAAAUCUUCUUCACCAGCUAUGAGCGCAUGAAGCGAGACUUGGCGGGUGUCAUCAAGGAUGUGUGCAAAUUCUUAGAGCGCGAAGUUCAACAGGAGCAGCUGACACAGCUCGUGGAACAUCUUUCGUUCGACAAAAUGAAGGAUAAUCCCGCGUGCAAUCAUGUCAAAGAGUUUGAGAGUAUGAAGGCGGCAGCUGGUAGGGAGGUCGAUGAAUUUAGAUUUGUUCGCCGCGGUAUAGUUGGCAGCCAUAAGGAUGAAAUGCCGCAGUCAGCUAUACAAGAAUUCGAUGACUGGGCGGAGGAUAACUUGAAGGGUUAUCAAUUGACUAUCGAUGAUUUCAUAAAUUAUUCGAAAUACUAACUUUUCUCAACUUAAAUUUAAGUUUUAUACUUUUCGCACGUAUUUUGUAAAUACUAUUUUAUAAUUGUAAUAAAAUUUAUUUUAAUCAAAGCCUUUUGGUAUUUUCCAAAAAAU